AUGAAGGGAGGUGGACCUGGAGGAGUGAAGGGUGGUCUGCUGGUGAAGGGAGGUGGACCUGGAGGAGUGAAGGGUGGUCUGCUGAUGAAGGGAGGUGGACCUGGAGGAGUGAAGGGUGGUCUGCUGAUGAAGGGAGGUGGACCUGGAGGAGUGAAGGGUGGUCUGCUGGUGAAGGGAGGUGGACCUGGAGGAGUGAAGGGUGGUCUGCUGAUGAAGGGAGGUGGACCUGGAGGAGUGAAGGGUGGUCUACUGAUGAAGGGAGAUGGACCUGGAGGAGUGAAGGGUGGUCUGCUGGUGAAGGGAGGUGGACCUGGAGGAGUGAAGGGUGGUCUACUGAUGAAGGGAGAUGGACCUGGAGGAGUGAAGGGUGGUCUGCUGAUGAAGGGAGAUGGACCUGGAGGAGUGAAGGGUGGUCUGCUAAUGAAGGGAGGUGGACCUGGAGGAGUGAAGGGUGUGUGGGGUAGGAGGGUAGGAUGA